AUGUCACAAAAGGGCCAGAAACAACCUCCCAAGACAACGCCGUCAAAUACAGUACGACCUCAGACGACCAAUGGCAAUGCUAAGACACCUCCCACCGCCGCAAACUCAAGAGCAGGUUCAUUUUCAGCGGCGGACCUGAAUCGCAUUGUUCUGGAGUAUCUGAACAAGAAGGGUUAUCACAGGACAGAACAGAUGCUGAGGGUCGAAAGUUCCCGUACUUUAACGCCGCAGAACAAGGCUUCGCCAGGAGACACGGCCAGCGGAUCGUUCCCCGAACCAGGACAGGAACCAACGUCGCAAGGUGCAAGACCAGUUUCCAACCCUACCAAUAUCAAAAGAGACGUGGACGGCAACCUGAUCUCACAACAAGCCAACAGCUCCCCGAGGCACUACUUUCUGGCGUAUUCGAUGCUGAAAAAUUGGACCGAGUCUUCGCUAGACAUGUACAAACCAGAACUCACGCGAAUUAUCUACCCGAUCUUCAUUUACGUCUUUCUCACGCUAGUAGUGAAGGAUGCCAUACAGGCCCGUCGUUUUUUCGACAGAUUCUCGGUGGAUUUUAAAGCAUUCCACGCAUCAGAGGUCAAUAAGCUGUUCUCAGUCAAUUCCGCAGACCAUAUCAAAGAAAACGAGCUAGCACAGGGUUUCCAAUCCAACAAAUACAGAGUCACAAUAUCUCGAACAACGCUCAAUUUGCUUCUUUAUUUUUUGAACGAAAACGAGAGUGUUGGAGGAUCUUUGCUCAUCAGUAUCAUCAAUCAGAACCUGGAUCCAAAUAUCGUAGAAACUAUUACGUCGCAAGAAACUUUGACGGAUGGUAUAAAGGAUGUUUCUGCAGGUGCAGUCGACGUGGAUACACAUAAUUCCGUUCCAGUUAAAUUGGGCAAAUUUCCUGUCGACGAAGAAUUCGUUAAGGAAGUCGAGACUGAACUCAAAAGAAAGGAUGAGAAUGCCCCAUCAAGUGGCGAAGGCCAGGAUAAAUCCAAAGGUCUCAUCGAGGAGUAUAGAGACAUGAACAGUCUCUCAAAAGAUGAUAAAAGCACGAAAGAUGACGAAAAAACUGAAGGUGGAGCCGUCCUUGCCGAAACUGACAAAAAAGAUGACCGCAAACAAGAUCCAAAUAUGGAAUCACCUGCAAAAGAUGUUCUUCCGCUUCCUUCAAAAACUGCUUUGGAUUUGAAACUCGAAAUCCAGAAAGUAAGGGAAUCGCGAGAUGCUAUACGUCUCGAUAAUCUACAAACUUCGGCUCCCAGUGUCUGCAUGUAUACUUUUCACAACACAAACUCGGAGAUGACCUCGAUAGAGUUCAGCGAUGAUGUGAGGUUGGCGUCUGCCGGUUUCCAGGAUAGUAUAAUCAAAAUUUGGUCGUUAGACGGCACCCCUCUACAAAACAAGUUACCAUCAAAACAGAAUGAGCGCUCCAACAACGCCACAUUAGUUGGUCAUAGUGGAACAGUCUACUCUACGUCUUUCAGUCCCGAUAAUGGAUACCUUCUUUCAGCAUCAGAGGACAAGACUGCCAGACUGUGGUCAAUGGACACUUUCACCUCCCUCGUCAGCUAUAAGGGCCACGAUCAUCCUAUAUGGGAUGUAUCUUUUUCUCCGCUUGGACAUUAUUUCGCAACUGCCUCUCAUGACCAAACGGCUAGGCUUUGGUCAUGCGACCACAUAUACCCGCUGAGAAUAUUUGCCGGCCACUUGAAUGACGUUGAUACGGUCUCAUUCCAUCCCAACGGAACUUAUGUCUUCACAGGAUCUAGUGAUAAAACAUGCCGUAUGUGGGACAUCGGGACAGGUGACUCUGUGCGGCUUUUCCUUGGCCACACUGCGCCGGUAAUAUCGACAGCCGUUUCUCCGGAUGGUAGAUGGCUUUCGACUGGUAGCGAAGACGGCAUCAUCAACGUUUGGGAUAUAGGUACUGGUAAGCGGCUGAAACAAAUGAGAGGUCACGGUAAAAACGCAGUUUACUCGCUAUCAUACAACAAAGAAGGAAAUGUUCUUCUGUCAGGCGGUGCCGACCAUUCCGUAAGAGUAUGGGAUGUGAAAAAACUGACCGCGGAACCCGGCGCAGAGCCUGAACAACCAUUCACCAGCUAUUCUGGAGACGUUACCACUUCUGUGAACCAAGAUGCCAAGGAAUACGGCCGCAGAAGAACUAUCGUUCCUACAACGGACCUAGUUGCCUCUUUCUACGCGAAGAAGACACCUAUAUACAAGGUGAAAUUCACUCGAAGCAACCUGGUUCUUGCUGGAGGCCCUUUUCGGGAUUGA